AUGCCUUCCUCCCGAUCCGACACUCAAUUACUCGAGAAAGAUGCGAGUUUUGAUGCUUGGAUGAUACAAAAGUUGCGUUCUGAUUGGAAUGCACAUGAGUUUGGUGGUCUCCUCACACCUUUAAAGCUUGCAGAGGCACGUACUCGUUUCUCGCAUCAAGAGACGCUUAUAAAAGUUCGUCUCUUACUAUCACUUUUAAGUAUUCGAUACGAUGAAGUGAAUGGUGUAAGCAGUAAGAAAGAAGUUCGAGCAUUAUUAGAAAUAACAGAAAAGGAUGGUGACGAGUGGGUUAAAGUGAUUUCGGGGAUUGUCAAGCAAUUUCUCGAACUCGAUACAAAUGGACAAUCCAGUGAUUCUUAUCAUCAUGCACAACUUGAAAAUACAGUGUUAAAAGUAAUUCAAGCAGUGGCAAUUCCUUCUAAACGACACAAGAAUAGCAAUUUAAUGAUUCUCGAUGACGUUUUCACGUUUGAAAAUGGAUUGUUGAACACUUCGCUACGUUCUCAAACGACACCAACGGCUGCUAUACACUUUACAGUAAGUGGUGACAAAGACGAUGGACAUGAUAAGGAUGAAGACGUGGAUGUUUCACCUGUGAAAAAGCCUCUUUAUCGACCACAAAUUCCACGACCAUCGGGACUUGUACCUUCUUCAAUAGCUUCAACGUCGUCAAUAACACGAUUGAAUCAAACAUCUAAAUUUUCGAUGGGGAAGAAGAAUUUGAGUGAACUAUCAUCUGAAAUUAGACGUAAAGCCGAUGCAGGACGUUUUAAACGUCAGCGAAGUCGCAUUUCAAUGAUUGAUAUUAAUGAAGUGAAACAAAUUGAAUCGGAAAAAGCUCAGAAAGCUGAAGAACGAAAGAAGCAGAAAUUAGCAGCAAAGGAGAAAGAAAAAGAAAAACUUGCCAAGGAGAAAGAGAGAGAAAAGAUAGCUGCAAGUGAGAAAACUGGUACUGGUCAUGGAUUAAGUGUUACGAAUAAUGAUGAACACGCUGCGAUUGCGGCUGAUAUCUUUGCUAUGCAUCAUCAACUUGGACAGGAUGAGUCGAUAUCACAUUAUUCUCAACAGCAAUUACAAAUGGAAGAGAUGACAGAUAUGAAUAUAUUAUGA